CAAGAAUUUUGAAUAUUAUAAAAAAAUCUAUUAUACUAUCUACCUAUUAAUUUCUAUAUUUUUCCCUUAUAUCAGUAGAAAGGCUUACCAUAUUAUAUUUUAUUAUUAUCAAAUUGCAAUUUUUAAAAAAAAAAUGGUUGGAAAUGGAAAACAUCAUGAACAAGAAGAAUCCGAAGAAGCCAAAGAUUUAUCGAAAUCUGGGUUUCAGGAAGAAGCGAGAAGUGAAACGAUAUUUAGCGAAGAAGCAGGAGAACUACUCUAUAUAAAUCCUUCAUUAGCUGGAUCUGAACACUUAGAAAUCAAAGAAAAUCAACCAACCAAGCAUAAAGAAGUUGAUUUUAAGAACGCAACGGAAAAGUUUUCAGUCGACAUCAGAAAAGACAUCGCAACUGUGGAAAAUAUAUUUGGUUUUUACGCUCCACCAAUCCAACAGAGGGAGUUCGUCGGGCCAAUUCAAAGCUACGCACAGGUCAAAGAGCACUUCUCCAACACCGAUCCGGUAUUGAUAAAAAUUACUAAAAAUAAAAUAAUCCUAGAAAAUGUUGACGUAAAUGUCACACCGACCAAUGCGAUUGACGAUGAUUUUCCUGAAGAAAGCUGGGAAGUGACCGAGGGAUAUGAUAUUUUGAAAUUGUUAAAUCCUCAACCGCGCAUUCCGACAAAAGUUAGUGCGCAUACUGAUUUAAGGCACCUCGCGGGAUUAGUUUCUGAUCCCAACCAUGAAGUAUUCGGUACUGAUACGAUGUGCAGCGAAUUUUUGAGUCCCGAAUCUGCUGCCAAAGGGAUAGUCAAAGAUACAAUUCUAAGUGCAACGUGUGAAAUGAAAAGGAGAAUUUUAGAGUAUGGUAGUCAUAAACCGUCCUAUAAAGACAUUCUUCAACAUCAGAAAUUAUAUUCGUACUGGCCAUCGAUAAGAGAUUUCAAAAAAGAGCAGGGCAAAGUGUAUAUAAAAACUUAUAUUGAUAACCGGAAUCACUUUUUUGAAGAUUGGAAAUACAACAUUUUUUUUUGUUGUCAACACUCCGACAGUUUGAGCCAUCAUUAUAUUUACGAAGUGAUAUUUGGUCUACCAACAAAAAUGUAUCCGAUACCUCAAGUUACAGCCAGCCUAUUCUUUUUUAUGGAAGCCAGUAGAGUACUGCCCAGCCAAUGUCCCAUUGAGGUUACUAUAAGCCUAGAAACGUCUCGCCGCCGGAUGGAUCCUCGAAAAUUUUUUCUCAGGGAUAAUAUUUUACUAAAAAUAUUAGAUGAAAAAAUAACGAAUUUCAAAACUAUUAAUUUUUAAGUUUCUUGUAUAAUAUGUACUUACUAGAUGAAAUUAAAUAAUAUCUAAUAAAAAAUUUCAAAAAUAUUAGCGCAAAGAA